AUGGUCGCACCGCAGCAUACCGAGGGCACGGCGGCGGCCGAGGCCAGCGUAGGGCCGCACUUCGAGACGACCUCGCAAAGCCUCGCGGAGAAGACAUCACCCCAGGACAUCACCGACAUUCAGUCCUCCGUGGACACGGGCGCCGGCGUCGUCGAUGAGUACCCCCACGGCAUUCGACUCAUUCUUCUGGCCGGCGCGUCCAUCAUGGGCGUGUUCCUCAUCUCGCUGGACCAGACAAUUGUCGGUACCGCGAUCCCGAAGAUCACCGCCGAGUUUGAUGGUCUCAAAGACGUAUCCUGGUACUCCGCGGCCUACUUCAUGACCUUUGGCGGCCUCGAGGCAUCGUGGGGCAAGGCCUUCAAAUACUUUGACAUAAAAUGGACGUUUAUUGCAUCGCUCACGAUCUUCGAGAUUGGCAGCCUCAUCUGCGGCGUCGCGCCGUCGUCUGUCGCCUUGAUCAUCGGGCGUGCCAUUGCUGGAAUCGGCGCCGCUGGCAUCUCCGUCGGCGGAACAAGCAUUGUGGCCUUUAGCGUCCCGCCCAAGACGCGACCGAUUCUCAUGGGGAUCAUCGGACUGAUGUACGGGCUGAGCUCCGUGCUUGGGCCGUUGAUUGGCGGCGCCUUUACGGAAAAUGCCACCUGGCGAUGGUGCUUCUACAUCAACCUUCCCGUCGGGGCCCUCGGCACGGCCAUCGUCGUCAUCUUCUUUCACCUCCCGGCCGCGGUCAAACGCCGCCAAUCAGUCUCGGCCAGAAGGUGCUUCACCUGGAUCCCGUCGGGUAGCCAGGUGAUUGGUCUUUUGGUCGGCUUUGGAGUGCUCACGGUUGCCCUGAUUCUCUGGUCCAUGUGGCUGGGCGAGUAUGCCAUGAUGAUUCCGCGGCUCUUCAAGAAGCGCGGGCUCUGGAGCGUCUGCCCCUACCAGUUCUUCUUCCUCGGCGAUCUACUCCUUCUCCUGUACUACCUUCCCAUCUACUUUCAGUCUGUCAAGGGUGCCAGCCCCAUUCAGUCUGGCGUCGAUAAUCUGCCCAUUGUCAUCGCAGUUGCCAUCUUCGCUGUCCUAGGUGGCGUCUUCGUGACCACGACAGGCCUCCCGGCACCGGCCAUGUUUGUCGGCGCGUUGCUCGGGACUGUUGGCUGCGGCCUCUUUUACACGCUUGAGAUUGACACGCCGAGUGCAAAGUGGAUAAGCUACCAAAUACUCACCGGAUCUGCCAUAGCAUUUUCGGUUCAGAACGGCCUAAACAUUGCGCAGGCCAGUGUCGACCCAGAAGAUCUGCCAGCCAUAACAGCUUGCCUUUAUUUCUUCCAGACAGUCGGAGGUGCAUUCACCGUCUCCUCCGGCCAGGCGGCCUUUGUAAACCAGAUGCUGGCAAAGCUCGCUUCAUCUGCGCCCGGCGUUGCCGGACAGAAAGUCAUUAACGCGGGCGCUUCAGACUUGCGCAACGUCUUUUCUCCGGAGGACCUGUCUGGUGUGCUGGUAGCUUACAUGCACGGACUGAAGGCGACGUUUGCCCUUUCCAUUGCCUUUUGCGCUAUUGCCCUGGUUGCUACCUUGUUUGUUCCUUGGAAGCGGCUUGCAACGCAUGCACCUGAGGAUAAGGAGGAGGGUGAACAGGGCUAG